UCCAUCCAGAGCAGGCAGACACCUCCACCAUGUCUUUUACCAGCAUAAGUCGUCGCACAACCCAGAGGGCCCCCACCGUUUACGGUGGUGCUGUAAACUCAGGGGUCCGCAUCUCGUCUGUGAGCGCUCCAAGAAACUUCUCUGCUGUUGGUUCUGGGUUUUCUGCAUCCAGGGCUGGUGCUGGUGCCGGCGCAGGUUUUGGUGCUGCGUUCAACCUGGCUGAUGCCGUUGACAAUGACAUCUCCGUCAACAAGAAGGCCACCAUGCAGAACCUGAACGACCGUCUGGCUGCCUACCUGGAGAAGGUGCGCUCGCUGGAGGCUGCCAACGCCGACCUGGAGCUGAAGAUCAGGCAGUACCUGGAGAACAAAACCAAACCUGAGGGCCGUGACUUCAGCGGAUUCAAGGCCACCAUCUGUGACCUGCAGGAUAAGAUCGCCAGAGCCACAUGUGACAACGGCUCUCUCUACCUGGCCAUCGAUAACGCCAAGCUCGCUGCUGAUGACUUCAAGGUUAAAUAUGAGAACGAGCUAGCCAUGCGUCAGUCUGUGGAGGCCGACAUCGCUGGGCUGAGGAGGGUCCUGGAUGAUCUGACUCUGGGCAGAUCAGACCUGGAGAUGCAGAUCGAAUCUCUGAAGGAGGAACUCAUCCAGCUCAAAAAGAACCACGAGGAGGACUUGCUAAGUAUGAGGGCCACAGUUGGUGGUCAAGUGAACGUGGAGGUGGAUGCUGCUCCUCAGGAGGAUCUGAGUCGUGUCAUGGCUGAAAUCAGAGAACAUUACGAGACUGUCGCCAACAAGAGCCGCAAAGACCUCGAGGCCUGGUUUACCGCCAAGUCUGACGAGCUCAACAAGGAGGUUGCUGUAAGCACAGAGACUCUUCAGUCAUCACGCUCUGAAGUCACAGAGGUCAAACGCACGCUACAGGGUCUGGAAAUCGAACUCCAAGCUCAGCUCAGCAUGAAAGCGUCUCUGGAAGCAACCCUUGCAGACACCAAUAACCGUUAUGGCAGCAUGUUAGCAGGGUACCAGAGGCAGGUAGUGGCUCUUGAGGAGCAGCUCGCCCAGCUGAGAGCAGACCUGGAACGCCAAGGACAGGAGUAUCAGAUGCUUCUAGACAUGAAGACCAGACUGGAGAUGGAGAUCGCUGAGUACAGGAGGCUGCUGGACGGAGAGUUGGACUCUUCAUCGCAAUCCACCAAAACCGUAACACGCAAAGUUGUGAUCGUCACCAAAGAGACCGUCGAUGGCGUGGAGGUCAGCUCUACAUCUGACACUCUGACCGAGUAAAACACUGAUCAUCCGCCAAAAGCUGCCAGCCGUUCUCAGAAACAAGAAAAU